GCAGGUUUGGAUAGGACAAAUAUUGGCGCGUCUUUUCUGGAGAUUUGCGACCUAAAUUGAGUGCAAUAAAGAGCGGGAGAGUGCGGAGCACCUAGCCGCGACCAUGGACAAGUUCCUGCUGCGCAAUCCCACGUGGAAGACGAAGACCUACGGCUCGAUCGUGGCCGGUUCCAGCGCAGCCGCCGCGAAGAAAACAGCGGCGUCACCGAUACGCCGACCGUUGCAGGAUUCAAAUCUGGGGGACUCCAGGCCCAAGCCGGCGACCCUGCCUCCCAAACCCCAAUCUCAGGCCCCGGCAGAUGACCAGGUGGCCAGGGAUCGGCUGAUGCUCAAGCCGGCCCUAGCCGUCUCCAAGGCGAUCAGCCAGCACCGCUCCGAGUUCCAGAGGGAGCCCUACCAGGACCAGGCGACGGGAUCGGGAUCGGGAGCAGCGCCCCCAAACGCACCGGCCACGCCCACCAGGCAGGAGGGCCAGUGGGCGCGCCUGCAACAAGAUCUCAACAGCCCCAAUGCUGCACUUCGUCUGCGCGCCAUUCGUGCCUUGAAGAGCCCCACUAAGUCGUCGUACAAUACAUUCGAUGUGCCUCUGGCCGAACAGAGCAUCAUCACGAUGGAGGAACGCAAUCCGCAGGAGCCGCCCAGCCUGCCGGAGUUGCUCAAGGAUAUAGUUGUCUACGUGGAGGUGCGAACAGGCAACGAUAAUCGCUCCGAGGGCGUAAAAACCAUUAUUGCCAAGAUGGGAGCCCAGGUAAAAGAUCGUCUAACACGCACCACCACGCAUGUGGUCUUCAAGGAUGGUCUGCUCUCAACUUAUAAAAAAGCCGCCGAGUGGAAAAUACCCGUCGUAUCGAUACUUUGGAUUGAGGCCUGCAAGGUGCAGCGCAAAAUAUGUGAUCCCAGCAAGUUUCCCAUAAGCAACAUACGGAUGUACGAGUAUCCAGAGCUCUUCGGGAAAAUACCGCGCGUUAAGUUUAUGCAGCCGGAUUCGGAGUUGAAUCAGCGACCACGGAAACGCCAGGGAACGCCCACAUCCUCCAGGGACCAAGAGCCAGGAUCGGCCAAUAAGCGAGCCCAGCCCGGAACUCCAACCACCACCACACCAAAGAAUGACAUCAGCCGCUUCUUCAGGGCCCUCAACCACAACAAAGCGUCGGACGAUGAGGUAACCGAGUCGCCAGCCACUAAACUACUCAACAGGAUAAGCAGUGGCUGCUACACUCCUUUGCCCGCAGUGGCUGCUUCCCAGCCGAAGGGAACCAAUGGCAGCGGCGAUGCUGCGGCCGAGAAAGUGCAGGCCCAAAAGAGUUUGCAAUUCGGAGAGCAGCCGGCUAGCAUUACUCCUCAACCCAAAUCAUCGAUCUCUGCAAGGCCACGUCGAAGCACAGUGGAACCACCACCGGUGAUGACGCCUCCUGCGCGCACUAGUCGCCGUCGCAGCUGCGUGGCAGAGAUCAGCAGUCCCGCGGCAAUGGAACCCCGAAUGACACGCCGCAGGAGCUCACUGGCUGCCACAUCAAUACCGGAAGCUGCUCCAGCCGCAGCUUUGGAGCCCAGAAUGACUCGACGCAGGAGCUCAUUGCUAGCGGCUCCCAAGCAGCCAGAGGAAACAGUCCCAAAGCAAACUAUUGAAACCAUAACCGAGGAGCUGGCUCCCAACGAAGAGAACAGGAAUUCAAUAGUUAUGAUGCACAGCAAGCCAAUCAACCAAACUGAUUGCGUUGAGCAGUCCAUAGAAAUGACCGCCGUGGCGGCAGAAGCUUCCUACAAAGCGGACAGGCGUGGCACACUCUAUGCCUCCGAAUGUAUGGACAUUAGUGCUUCUCGGCGCCACAGCGUGGCAACAUCUAGACAGUCGCAAAACAACGUGACUCAGACAUCCAACUCCAUUAUGGAGGAGCCACUAACUCCGCUUUUUAGCUCCACGCGACUGCCAAGCGGCCAGUCCACAGGCAACCGCAGGCGCACCAUCUUCAACAUGGACAUGGACGUGAUUAACGAGAGCAUCGAACGGAUUAACCAGUCGCAUCGCAGAUCUCUAGCCUUGGCCAAUGAGGCCGAGUUGGGCGAGUGUCGCGCAGUUACGGAGCAGGAACAACCGCUGGCGGAGGCACUCCCCCCAUCGCAGGAGCCCAAAAGGCGGCGCCUUUUCAAUCCAAAUGACGAGGUGGUCAUUUCCCCACCCAAAAGCAGCAGGAAGAGUCGCCUGAGCAUGACGGGCUCCUCGAGCUCCGUGCAGAAGCGUCGACGAUCGCUGGCCACUCCUGCGAAAUCUUCCUCUUCGGAGGCGUCUGUCGCGGCUCCAGUGGCCAAGGCCAAAACCACUACCACUCCGGAAGAGGAACCCAAGGAAAAUGCCGUUCCAGAACUAGAGGAUUCCCUUUCGACCAUAGAAGAAGCGGAGGACAGGUCAAAGGGCAAGCAACGUUCACGCAUUCGCACCCUGGUGCACACAAACAUGCACCAGGAGCAGAUCCAGGCCAUCCACAAGGCCCUGCGCAAGUUGCGCGGCAUGCGACUGGAUCCUACGGUGACCCAGCGCACCACCCACCUGGUUAGCCUGGAGCCGCGUCGAACGCUAAAUCUCUUGCGUGGAUUGAUGCGCGGAGUCUGGAUUGUCAGCUAUCAGUGGGUGUUGGCGUCCAUUCGUGCGGGGAAGUGGAUCAGUGAGGAGCCCUACGAACUGACCAGGUUUUCGCGGGCCAUCGAGAUUUGCCGCACUGAAAGGCAGGCCUUUGGCGUCCACUACCAGUGCGAAUUGUUUCGCUUCAUGGAGCCCUUCUAUGUGUCGUCCCUCUGCCGACCGGUGCAGUUCAACAACAUGAAGGAGCUGCUCCUGCUGGGCGGCGCCACCCUGACCGAGAACCGCUUCAAGGCCAAGUACAUCAUCGGGGAUAAGCGGCGGGCCGAGGACGAGCGGGUUUACCUCGAUCCCUUCUGGGUGCUGGACAGCAUCACCAACAUGCAGAUCCAGAAGUUCGGCAAAUACCUGAUGAAGAGCGCCAUUAUCACGGCCGCCGGCAUUCGGUACGAGGAUCCAAGGGAGCGCGAUGAGGAGCCCGAACCGCAGAGGCGGCAGCACGACUACGUGGAUCCACCGCUGGUGCUGGACAAAUAG